AUGGACAUGACCUCUAGCUCCAGCAGCAGCAGCAGCUCGUGCAAAAUUUCCAUGCUGUUCAACUGGUACACUAUCGAUGCCUGCUUCCUCUCAUCCGAAUGGAAGAUCCAAAAUAAUGGCAUGUUUGCAGCGACAUGCAUCGGCGUUAUUCUGCUCGUUAUGUUUGUUGAAUUCUGUCGGCGCAUUGGGCGUGAAUACGAUGCGUUCCUCGUCCGGCAAUUCCAGCGCCAAGCGCUGGCUCGCUUCCCUGACUCGAAUCAAUCAGGAUCUGUGGGGCGGAUGACAUUCCGCACUACGCCACUACAGCAGUUGAUCCGGGCUAUUAUCCAUGCGUUGACAUUUGGCGGCGCUUAUAUUGUGAUGUUGUUGGCGAUGUACUUUAAUGGUUAUGUGAUUAUUUGUAUCUUUAUUGGCGCCGGGCUGGGCAAGUUCUUCUGCGAUUGGAUGGUGGUCACUAUCGGUAUUGACGUCGAUGAAAAGGCAAAAGGGGUAGAGGAACCGACUAUCUGUUGUGGUUGA